GAGGUGCGUAAAGAGGCGCCAACACACCGGGCUGAGGAGGCACACACACACAUCUCCUCUGCAAGAGCAUCCACGCAGCGCCUCAGGACUUCAGAGACCAUGAAGACCAGCGGCAGCUCGAGGAGUACAGAUUCACCUGCAGACGACUGAGUGAAGAGGCAGCAUGGCGGGGGGUCGGAGGGGACUUGUGGCCCCGCAGAAUACUUUUUUGGAGAAUAUUGUGAGACGGUCCAACGUUUGGACACUGUCACAUAAACAGACAGAUACCAACUUUGUCCUGGGAAACGCUCAGAUAGUAGACUGGCCCAUCGUCUACAGCAACGAUGGUUUCUGCAAGCUGUCGGGGUAUCACAGAGCAGAGGUGAUGCAGAAAAGCAGCACCUGCAGCUUCAUGUACGGGGAGCUCACGGACAAGGACACGACGGAAAAAGUGCGACUAACAUUUGAGAAUUAUGAGAUGAAUUCGUUUGAAAUACUGAUGUAUAAAAAGAACAGAACGCCGGUUUGGUUUUUUGUGAAGAUUGCUCCAAUACGAAACGAACAAGAGAAGGUGGUCCUGUUUCUUUGUACGUUCAGUGACAUCACAGCCUUUAAACAGCCCAUUGAAGACGAUUCCUCUAAAGGCUGGGGAAAGUUUGCCCGACUGACUCGAGCGCUCACCAGCAGCAGAGGAGUCCUCCAGCAGCUGCAGCCCACAGUGCACAAAGGAGAAAAUGUCCACAAGCACUCCCGCUUAGCUGAGGUACUGCAGCUUGGCUCAGAAAUCCUACCUCAGUACAAACAGGAGACCCCCAAAACCCCUCCCCACAUCAUCCUGCACUACUGCCUCUUCAAGACCACGUGGGACUGGGUCAUCCUCAUCCUCACCUUCUACACGGCCAUCAUGGUGCCCUACAACGUCUCCUUCAAGACCAAGCAGAACAACGUGACCUGGCUGGUGGUGGACAGCAUCGUGGACGUCAUCUUCCUCGUGGACAUCGUUUUAAACUUCCACACAACGUUCGUGGGCCCCGCCGGCGAGGUCAUCUCGGACCCCAAGCUGAUCCGCAUGAACUACCUGAAGACCUGGUUCGUUAUCGACCUGCUGUCCUGCCUGCCGUACGACGUCAUCAACGCCUUCGAGAACGUGGACGAGAAUUGGAACCACCAAGCUGUCACUCAAGGGAUCAGCAGUCUGUUCAGCUCUCUGAAGGUGAUCCGACUGCUGCGUCUGGGGCGGGUCGCUCGUAAACUGGAUCACUACAUCGAGUACGGGGCGGCGGUACUGGUGCUGCUGGUCUGUGUGUUUGGACUGGCCGCUCACUGGCUGGCCUGCAUCUGGUUCAGCAUCGGUGACUACGAGGUAAUCGAUGAAGAAACAAACUACGUGCGGAUGGACAGCUGGCUCUACAUCCUGGCAGAGUCGGUGGGAAACCCGUACCGCUUCAACGUCAGCGGCUCAGGGAAGUGGGAGGGCGGGCCGAACAAAGACUCGGUGUACAUCACCUCGCUCUACUUCACCAUGACCAGCCUCACCAGCAUCGGCUUCGGAAACAUCGCCCCGACAACAGACGGAGAGAAAAUCUUUGCAGUGGCCAUGAUGAUGAUUGGAUCCCUUCUUUACGCCACCAUCUUUGGUAAUGUGACAACAAUCUUCCAGCAGAUGUACGCCAACACAAAUCGCUACCACGAGAUGAUUAACAGCGUGCGGGACUUCCUCAAACUCUACCAGGUGCCAAAGGGCUUGAGUGAAAGAGUUAUGGACUACAUCGCCUCCACCUGGUCCAUGUCUCGGGGCAUAGACACUGAAAAGGUGUUGCAGAUUUGUCCGAAAGACAUGAGGGCAGAUAUCUGUGUUCAUCUCAACCGGAAAGUUUUUAAAGAGCACCCGGCUUUCCGCCUGGCCAGCGACGGGUGUCUCCGAGCGCUGGCCAUGGAGUUUCAGACCAUCCACUGCGCCCCUGGGGACCUGAUCUACCACGCCGGGGAGAGCGUGGACAGCCUCUGCUUCGUGGUGUCGGGGUCACUGGAGGUCAUACAGGAUGAUGAGGUGGUGGCCAUUUUAGGUAAGGGCGAUGUAUUCGGGGAUGUUUUCUGGAAAGAAGUGACUCUCGCUCAGGCCUGUGCCAACGUCCGAGCUCUGACCUACUGCGAUCUCCACGUCAUUAAACGUGACGCUCUGCAGAAGGUGCUGGAGUUUUACACCGCCUUUUCAAACCACUUCUCCAGGAACCUACUGCUCACUUACAAUCUGCGAAAGAGGAUUGUCUUCCGAAAGAUCAGUGAUGUGAAACGUGAGGAGGAGGAGCGACAGAGACGUAAAAAUGAAGCCCCUCUGAACUUGCCACCAGAUCACCCUGUAAGGAAACUCUUCCAGCGCUUUCGGCAGCAGAAGGAGUCGCGGCAGGAACCUGAAAAACUGGCUGACCAUGACAUCGAGAAGGGCCCUGUGUACGUGGACAUCCCGAUUGCCAAAGCAGCCGUCACAACCACCAGCAUCGUCACGGUGACAGAGAGCCCAGCAACACCUUCAUCUUCUAUGCCUUCAUCUUCAACUGCACUCAACUGCACUCCCUCAGACAAGGCAAAGCUGCAGGUGCCGGUCCUCGUCUCUCUUAUCGGGGGCCGGGUCUCAGAACCGGUCAAAGUCAAAGGCUGGGGUCGCUUCAAGGAGUCCAUGGCCAAACCUGACAAUUGGAACAAAGUGUCCAAAGCCGAAUCCAUGGAGACUUUACCCGAACGGACCAAGGUGCACGAGUCACAAACGUCUCUAAAGAAGACAGACUCUUGUGACAGCGGCAUCACAAAAAGUGAUCUGCGCCUGGAUAAAGUGGGCGAGUUUCACAUUACGCCCCUGGACCGGAGUCCCGUGCAGCCUUCGGAGACCAGGCACGCCUUCUACACCAUCCCGGAGCAGACGCUACAGGCCUCACUCCUGGAGAUCAAACUGGAGCUGAAGGACGACCUCAAGAACCUGAACGUUCGAAUGUCUGGCCUGGAGGCGCAGCUCACAGAAGCACUUCAACUCCUCAAAUCGAGGAGAUCAAAUGCUGACUCUCCACAGCCACUUUUUGACAUUUCUAGACCUGCUUCACCAGAACUGGACAAAGAAGACAUCUUCUCUUGAAGGAAGGUACGUUAACAAAUCAGGUUAACUCUGAAUCAGCUGGAAUCCAGUAAUAUCCAGAUUACUUGGAUAGGCUGCGAUGGAUGCACCAUUUAAGUGAUCAGGCAACAGUGUGGUCUUUAAGACGCACCGGCCUUUUAUCAUAGGGGUGUACCAGACCGUUUACAAGGCAACAUCGUGUGGAAAAGUCGCGGGUGUAUCCCAGAACUUGUCGGAGAAAAACCGAAAGAUCGGGAGGUCAUUCAAACACUGACAGCUCUAUGUCUGUACAUAAGUUCGGUUUAUUUUUCCAUCGCACUAUAAUGGAAAAAUAGCUUGAGCGGUUUGAUAUUAUCUCAAUUUUGAGAGCGUCAGUGGAAGACCAACGUUAUAUCUCUGUUUUGAAAUGAGUAGAAACAGCAUGACCCACUGGUUUGUUAUUGCAUCAUUUGUAUGGGAUUAUUUGCAUGUCACAUAAAGUAGGCGCGUGUCUCUAAAUUGCAGAUGGUGCAUAUUUAAUUAAUUAAGGCCACACCGUGAGCCAUUUGCAUUAUUUCACCAUGACAGUGGGAAAGCACAGUCUUUCCAGAUGUUGUAACAGGCGCCCGGUAAUUUCCUCCAGCAAUUGAUGAACUCUUCUUAUUAAAUCAACUGCCAGGAUCAUUUUGAAUAAUACAACAGAUAACUCUGGCCGAGCAAUCAGAUUUUCCAAGACGUCUUUUAGCAGAGCUAACAAUUCCUAUAAACCAUGGGGGGAUGAAAGGCACCACAUGAUCCAUCUUUUCUGAUAUCUUGUAUUUGUUUUUCUUGUGUACAAACACUACAAACACACAUGUAUGUACUGUAUGAGAGCCAUGAACUUCUAGCUUUGUUGAUGCAUAAUAAUGUGAUGCAGAUGGUACUGAUAAUGGCUGUGGCCCUUCCCUUAUUUUAAAAACUGUAAAGUUAUGAAUGCUCUUUUGCACAAUAUUUCUUAAAUAAAAUGUAUUUAUUGUUAAAAUAUACGUCACAGUGCAGGUUUGUUCAUGUAAGCAAACACAAAAGUAAUUGGAAACUGUUAUAUUGAUGAAUUUUCUGGUGUACAUUUUUCCAUUUGUUGCACCAGUAUGCAUGAUUCAUUUGUGUCUCUCUUCACAUUCACUGGAGGAAAAACACAUCAUCCCAUGAUGCCACCAGACACAAGUUGACUAUAUUUAAGGGACAAAGAUGGUGAAAAUGUUCAGGCUAUGUGUUCGCAGUGCAGGUGAUUUGUCUUUGUAUUUGAAGCCAAUAUUUGGAGAGAACAUCUACUUGCGUCCGGCUUACACGAACUUAACGUUCCCUAAAUGUGCAUUAAAACUUGGCGACAACCGAAAACACCAGACUGCUCCUGCAUACACAGUGUCUCACCAACAAUGUUCAACUACAAGUCAUUUCAUGUAUGAAUAAAGGAAACGGCAGGAUUCUAAAGAGAUAAUAUACCACUUUUUGUUCUUUAUCAAACAUUUUACUGUUUUGGGUAAUUAUUCAAAAACAGCCUUUUAAUUAACUGAAAUACACCCAGGCAUUGUUUUCCAGUCAUGAUAAAUAACAUUGUUUAGGAAAAAGUAUACAUGUCGACAGCAAGUAUGGGCGAAAUGUCAUGUAUUUUUCUUUAAAUUGUCAUUUUUGUUUAACAUUUGAACACAAUGCAAUUUCACCACAAAGGAAAAAGGUAUUAACAGAGCAACACACUUAUACAGAAAACAAACUGGAUAGCAUUUAUAUUUAAAUUAUUAUUUUGUCCGUUACGGAAACCUUUCAAGUCCAGACAAAAGAUACAUUUCUAGUAAAAGUGAGUUCUGUCAUCAAGCAAUAAUAAUAAUUGUGCAUAUUAAAGGACAAUUUGAAUGCUAACAUAUCCGUUAAGGCUCUUUAAAAUUGUGUUUUCUGUUUAUAAAAUCAAUAAUAAUUGUGCAUAUUUUACUGAUACAGAAUAAUUUUAGGGUUAAAACAGCAGUUCAGGCUCUUUAGCUUUGAAUAAUGGAAGAAAGUCUAAUAAUAUUCAGUAAAUAUGACUUACUUUUGCAGUUUUAUUAACACCAGAAUAACAUAAUUGAAAGUCUGGAACUUUACCAUCUAUACUGUCUUACACAAGGCAAAAAUAUAACCAUCAUUCUAUAUUAUUUAUUAUUCAUAUUGAUAAUUUAUGUUCUCUGUGAGACAGCACGACUCAGAGGGAAAAUACGCUGUUUUUUUUUUCUCCAGCACAUUCUGCGGCUCCAUUUCCAUCAAAAAUUCAGCUUACUUAAAAAUGCAUGGGCAUGUCAUCACAGAAGUGAGAAAGCAUUUGGUUUAGAGCCAGUGUUUGUCUUUAUAGGUCUGCUUUGACAAAGAGUUUUGGUGGUAGAGAGACGGUUUGAUUCAGAGAUGGAAAAGCACUAAAAUAUGUUUGCUGUGACCUCUCUAUCACAGAGAAUUCAUAAAGCUGCUGAUAACACCAGUUCAGAAAUCAAACCGAGGCAAAAAGAGGGCAUAAAGUGUCUGUGAGGAAUUCAGUCACAAGUCACAUAUCAAACGUAUGUAAUGCUAGACACAGUCUUUAUCUAAAAUUUGACAUCAAUAAAUCUACAAAUGUGGUAAAAAGGGACUUCUUCAGUUAUUGGGAUUACAAUGGCACUUAAUUCAGACACACAGUGACAUGAAACAGACACAUUUAAAUCAGUAUUAUACUAUGGUGAAACAUUUUUACAAUUUUUAAAUUGAAAAAACUAAAUUAUUAUUUUUUGGGUUUAAUAUUACAUUUUUUCAAAUCCAUUAUUGUUAUGCAGAUAAAGUGUUUACUGUUGUAUUUAAACAAAAACAAAAAAAACACACAACACUAGCCUACAAAAAAAACAAAACAACAAAAACAGUAUAAAAACAAUCUUUGAGAAAUGUAGAAAUGUAAAAAA